AUGGUGAACGCGCAGCUGUUGAAGGACCACGCGGCCAAGUACAAGUUGGGUCGCGACACGGCCGCCGAGUACUUUCGACAACUGUUCACAAAGCACCAAAGCCUCGCCCAAUACUACGAUGCCGAAGACCUCGACCCCGACAGUCUGCCCCGAUCCCAGAAAUUCGUGAUGCAGGGCAUGCAGGAGAUGCAGACCUUCUUCCGAUUGCCCGACGCCGUCGGCGACGAGAAGAAACUGCGGGGGGCACUCGGCGAUUUCAAGAACAUCUACGACGAGAACAAGUUCCCGAUUGCCGAAUGGGGGAAGACGCUCGACGGCUUCCUGGCGGCCAUGGAGAAGCACGCGGGCGGUGUGUCGGCCGAAGAGAAGAAGGGCUGGGAAGAAGUGUGGAAGACGUCGAUGGAACAUAUGAAGAAGUGGGGAUGGUAC